CGUAAAGCUGCCGCAGAUCUUCAGGGUCCACCAGGUGCCGCGGAUCUUCUGGGAGGAUGGGAUCAUGUCGGGGUACCGGCACCCCAAGAGCUCGGCCCUUGACUGCGUCCUCAGCUCCUUCCAGAUGACCAACGAGACCAUCAACAUCUGGACCCACUUCCUGCCCACUUGGUAUUUCGUGUGGCGCUUGCUGGUGCUCUCGUCCUCCCUGGACUUCUGCCGCGAGCCCUACCACUGGCCCCUGCUCAUCUACCUGCUGCUGGUGUGCCUGUACCCCUUCGCCUCCAGCUGCGCCCACACCUUCAGCACCAUGUCGGCCCGCGCCCGCCACUUCUGGGUAACGGGUGGACAAUUGUUUGAAGAAACAGAUACUGAAAAUGAACACUGUGACAAUAUAGCAAAAGAGUCCGAAGUGGCUAUUUACAACUCAGCUGUACACAAUACCAUUGUAACAUUUAAGCAAUCGCGUGCUUCACACGCUACAGGCAGCUCCGAUGACAACUCCCUGGCUCCUCUACCCUGCAUGCAGCACAGUUAG